GAAAGAAACAAACCCGGAAGAAUUCGAAAGGACCAAUCGACGUUCAGACUGUUUGCUUGACAGGGGGCGGGGCUUCUAGUCACCGGCAGAGAGUCGGAUGUCGCCUGACCGGAUGGUAGCUGGAAGUUUUUUUGUAUUUGACAGACCGAUGACUGAAAGUGAUUAAAGGAAGGAACUUGGAAGUAAACUGAGCGAAUUAGACGAGCCGAAUCGAGCGGAGCCGAUUCCUACCGAGCGAAGCCGAACCGAGCCGAGUCCUAGCGAGCGGAGCCGAGCCCUGCUGCAGCCAUGGGGAACCGGGGGAUGGAGGACUUGAUCCCCCUGAUUAAUAAACUUCAGGAUGCUUUCAGUUCCAUCGGGCAGAGCUGUAAUUUGGAUUUACCCCAGAUCGCCGUGGUGGGAGGACAGAGCGCCGGAAAGAGCUCAGUUUUGGAGAAUUUCGUCGGCAGGGAUUUUCUCCCUCGUGGUUCAGGAAUCGUCACUCGCAGGCCUCUUGUUCUGCAGCUAAUAAACAACAAAGCAGAGUAUGCAGAGUUUCUACACUGUAAGGGGAAGAAGUUUGUGGACUUUGAAGAGGUUCGGGUGGAGAUCGAGGCCGAGACGGACAGGAUCACGGGCUCGAAUAAGGGAAUCUCCCCCAUCCCUAUCAACCUCAGAGUCUACUCACCAAAUGUGUUGAAUCUGACUCUCAUCGACCUGCCGGGGAUGACCAAGGUUGCCGUGGGCGACCAGCCAGCAGACAUCGAGCACCAGAUCCGAGACAUGCUCUUGCAGUUCAUCACUAAAGAGAGCUGCCUAAUCCUGGCAGUCACUCCGGCUAACAUGGACCUGGCCAACUCGGACGCCCUCAAGAUCGCCAAGGAGGUGGACCCUCAGGGUCUGCGCACUAUCGGCGUGAUCACUAAGCUGGACCUGAUGGACGAGGGAACAGACGCUCGAGACAUCCUGGAGAACAAACUGCUACCUCUACGCAGAGGCUACAUCGGAGUGGUCAAUCGCAGUCAGAAGGACAUCGAUGGCAGGAAGGACAUUCGUGCCGCUCUGGCUGCUGAAAGGAAGUUCUUCCUGUCUCAUCCUUCAUACAGACACAUGGCUGAGCGAAUGGGAACGCCGCACCUGCAGAAGACCCUCAACCAGCAACUGACUAACCACAUCCGAGACACGCUGCCCGGUUUACGCUGUAAGUUGCAGUCGCAGCUCCUGUCUCUGGAGAAAGAGGUGGAGGAGUACAAGAAAUUCCGUCCUGAUGAUCCCACACGCAAGACCAAGGCUCUGCUGCAGAUGGUGCAGCAGUUCGGCGUGGACUUUGAGAAGUGUAUUGAGGGCUCAGGAGAUCAGGUGGACACGGUGGAACUGUCCGGAGGAGCCAGAAUCAACCGCAUCUUCCACGAGCGCUUCCCCUUCGAGCUGGUCAAGAUUGUGUUUGAUGAGAAGGAGCUGCGGCGAGAGAUCAGUCAUGCCAUCAAGAAUGUCCACGGUGUCAGAACGGGGCUCUUCACCCCUGACCUGGCCUUCGAGGCCAUGGUGAAAAAGCAGAUCCUCAAACUGAAAGCUCCGAGUCUGAAGUGCGUGGACUUGGUGGUGAAUGAGCUCACCACUCUCAUCAGGAAGUGUUCCAAUAAGCUGAACUCAUACCCCCGGCUGAGAGAGGAGACGGAGAGAAUCGUCACUACAUACGUCCGAGAGCGAGAGGGAAAGACUAAGGACCAGGUUCUGUUGCUGAUCGACAUCGAGCUGUCUUACAUCAACACCAACCACGAGGACUUCAUCGGAUUUGCCAAUGCCCAACAGAGAACACUCGCACACAAGAAAAGGCCCAUUCCAAACCAGCUAAGCAGACCAGUAGACGGAACACCAGAAAAGGUGAUCCGUAAAGGCUGGCUCACCAUCAACAUCAGCUUCAUGAAGGGAGGAUCCAAGGAGUACUGGUUCGUCCUGACCGCCGAGUCUCUGUCCUGGUACAAGGAUGAAGAGGAAAAGGAGAAGAAAUACAUGCUUCCUCUGGACAACCUGAAGCUCAGAGAUGUGGAGAAGGGCUUCAUGUCCACCAAACACACCUUCGCUAUCUUCAACACAGAGCAAAGGAACGUUUAUAAAGACCUGCGGCAGAUCGAGCUGGCCUGCGAUUCUCAGGAGGACGUGGACAGCUGGAAGGCCUCGUUCCUCCGUGCGGGCGUUUACCCUGAGAAAGAUCAGGCAGAUGUAGAUGAUGGAGCUCCAGCAGACACAAUCUCCAUGGACCCUCAGUUAGAAAGACAGGUGGAGACGAUAAGGAACUUGGUGGAAUCUUACAUCAGCAUCGUCAACAAGACCAUCAGAGACCUGAUGCCGAAGACCAUCAUGCACCUCAUGAUCAACAAUGCCAAGGACUUCAUCCACUCGGAGCUGCUGGCCUACCUUUACUCUUCAGGGGACCAGAACAGUCUGAUGGAGGAGUCGGCCGAUCAGGCUCAGAGGAGGGACGAGAUGCUGCGGAUGUACCACGCCCUCAAGGAAGCUCUCAGCAUCAUCGGUGACAUCAGCACCUCCACCAUCUCCGUGCCCGUGCCUCCACCCGUUAAUGACAACUGGAUUCAGGAGCCCAGCCCAACCCCUCAGCGACCACCAGCUUCUGUGGCUCCGCCCCCAAACAGACCUCCAGCGGUGAGAGGGCCCACCCCGGGACCACCUCCUCUAAACCCCUCCCCUGCUUUUGGUGCCCCGCCCAUCCCAUCCAGACCGGGACAGCCCAUUAAUGCCUUCGGCAACAGCAGCCAGGACCCGUUCAGUGCACCGCCUCUGGUGCCCUCUCGCCCUGUACGUGUGCCCCCCGGGGUGCCCAGCCGAAGACCUCCUGGCGCUCCCACCCGGCCCACCAUAAUCCGCCCUGCUGAGCCCUCCCUUCUAGACUAGGCCUUCACCACACACACACACACACACACACACACACACACACACACACACACACACCUGCGUAUAUGGGCCAACAAAGAGAAAUAGAGUGAUCUAGAGAUCGGGGAGGAGGCUGCAGAGUUAGAAAGCGGCGGAUUUGGGGAUUUGUGUCUGUACAUCCAGCCUGACCAAUAAAUAUCCACCUGAUUAGUUUGUUCAGACUGUUCUCUCAUAAAAACGCUGCUAAUUUCCUUCUUUAGUCACAAGAUUGAAAUUCCACAUGCAGGCUGUACGAUUAAUCAAACCACUUCUCUACCUUUUUUAGUUUUCCUUUCAUGUCGUUUUCUCGGGUUAGCCUCCAGGGGGCGCUGCUUUAACCGUUUGUCAAUGAGAUUUUAUUUGGGUGAUUUGAUGUUUUCUCUCUCUCUCUCUCUCUCUCUCUCUCUCUCUCUCUCUCUCUCUCUCUGUCUCUCUCUCUCUCUCUCUCUCUCUCUCUCUCUCUCUGAAUGUACAACAGCGUCCGCUCACUGGGAACCAGCCGAGACCUUUGUGUUUGUUUUUUUUUUUAUUUAUUUUUGUCUUAUUUCUAGUAAAUAUAAUAUUAUUGUUGUGGGGUUUUUUUGUUUGUUUGUUUUUUUCAACUCCCUUCUCAUCUCAGCUAACCCACUCGACUAAGAAAAGAAGAUCCUUUCGUCAACCUCACCGUAUUUAAAAUUCGGCUUGAUAUCCCGCGUUUAGGUUUUUAGCAGGACGACGUAAAAAAAAACUAAACUAAAAAACGCCGCUCGUUUGUAACAGAUCUGCGUAACAGUAGUGUGUGUGUGUGUGUGUGACAAUAAUACUGAAGCGCAGUAACGCCUCUUGCGCGUCAGGAGGUCAUUCUGUCUCGGCUAGCAUAGCGUCUCAGGUUUUCACAGCUCCUUAUCGGUUAACCCAGAUUUGAUGACUUUCUUCCAUUAAAGUUCCUUCAUUAGCCUUUAUUUCACCUUCAGGGACAGAGCGAGCAUCAUUAAAGGCAGAGAGGGAUGGCGGGGUGAAAAGGGCGGGGUAGUUGUGACCAAUCAGAGCUCGUAGUCAGCGGACGUAAACAAUGUUCACGUGUAAAAAACGUUAGCUCACUUUUUUUUUCUCGUUCAGUUAUUUAUUAAGUCAAAAGAACGAAUCUAAAACCUCUGGACUUCUAGAAGCAUCUAUAAGUAGACAAACCCACGACGCUCAGUGAAGCUUUCGAUAUCCCGCCCAAGUCUUUCCUGGUUUGGUCCAAACUACCCCUCAGGUUAGAGAUUUUACCCCAGAGCGUAUGAACAGGGGCUGAAAAUAACACACAUACAUACAAACUUGUACAUGAACUGUAAUAUGCUUCCUUUACAAAAAGAAAUAAAUAGUUAAUAAUAAUAAUAAAGGAUAAAAUAAAGUCGUGUCGAUUCGCGUGUCGGCGAACGGAAACACGAAGCCGCCGACGUUACGAGACGCCGUAACCAAACAUCAGAGCUUUUUAAAGCUGGAUACUAAUAAACGCAUUAACGGGGCUGUGGGACGGGGGACGACUUUGGGGAAAUACACACGUACAGUUUGGCGUUUAAAAUCUUUUUUUCUUUUUUCCUUUUUUUUUUUUUUUUUGUAUUAUUUAUAACCCAGGCAUUUGUCAUGGAUGUUUUUGAUUUCUUUCUUCUCUCCUCUCUUUUUUUUUUUUUUUUUUUUCUUCUUUUCUUUAGAUUUUUUCUCUCUUGCCGUUUGUCUCUAUGCGUAGUAUAGGGCAGGGAGGCGGCCCGAUGACGGCGCGUCGCUCCGCCACGUCUCGUCUUUAACGGCGAAUCUAUAAAUAAACAGAAAUUGAUCCGAGCUGCAAGAAAGGGGAGGAAUUUACCAGGUAUUAAUGUUGGUGUUCAGUUAUAUUUAAUGGGGUAGAAAGGGGUGAUAAAUGCUGAUAAAGAUGACGAUGAUGAUGAUGAUGAUGAUUUCUGGGUUUUGCUUUCGGGAAUAAUCACGGUUUUAACUUUGACGUGAACGAGAGAAUAUCCCGUACCACAAAAUGAAGUAUGUAAAGAGAACAGUGAGGUCAGAUCUCAAGAGGUUUAACCCAGAUUUGUUUAUCACUUACGCAUGGCUACGAUGAUGAUGAUGAUGAUGAUGAUGAAAUGUCUUGUAUGCAAUAUAAUAAAAAGCUCUAUAUAAGAUAUCUACAGCUAGCCAUGUCUACCAAACAGAAUCUGUCCUCCGUCAUUCUCCACCUCUCCGGUUUCUGCAGAAGAGACACGAUAUCACACCCUGUAUAGUUCUGUUUGUAUUCCUUUCUUUUCUUUCUUUUUUUUUUUUGGGGUUCUUUUGAAAUCAUCGAUCCUUGUCAAGUGCCUCUGUAGCAGUUAAUGCACUCUGAGCAAAACAUGAUAUAACGGUGGAAAAUUGGAAAAAAAAAAAAACUACAAAGCUAAUAAAAGAGGUAUUGUGUACAA